AUGUGUGGCAGAUACGCUCUGACUCUGGAAAAGACAUAUAGGUAUACCAUCAUCACCACCGACUCCAAUAAGCAGCUCAAGUUUCUCUACAACCGCAUGCCUGUUAUCCGGGACCCGGGCUCCGACGCGGCCAGGACCUGGCUGGACUCGGCGCGCCGCGAGUGGACACGCGACCUGCAGUGCCUGCUGCGGCCCUUUGACAGCGCCCUCGACGUCUACCCCGUGAGCAAGGACGUCGGUAAGGUCGGCAACAACUCGCCAUCGUUCAUCAUCCCGCUCGACAACAAGGAAAACAAGACGAACAUUGCCAAAUUCUUCGCUGGCGCCCCGCAGAAGAAGCAGGCCGCGGCCAGGCUGGAGCAGGCUGAGAAGCCAUCGACGGCUGCUGGGGCAGACGGUCCGAGUAACGGGGACGCCAAGGAUUUUUCCACGGGGAAGCGCAAAGCGGCGCCAUUGCCCGGAGGCAGCCCUCCUUUGAAGUAG